ACUUUCUGUGCCCACUUAAACGCCCGUUCGCUGCUCGCUGGACUCCUCCCAUAAUUUUACUCACCACGCCACUCCACUAUCCUUCACCACCGCCUCUGUGCUAUCGGAGCUACCAUCUUCUUGGGCACACUAUCACCUUCUUUCCUUCCCCAGACAAGAGAAGGUUUGAAACUAAAGCACAUCAAUGAUCAUAGCCCUUUUCAAGCUCCUUUUAUCGAACACAUAAAAUGCAUUCAAGAGUAGGGUGUCUCUUAGCAUGCACAAAACGGAGGUCUUCUUAUUCUUCUACUUGCUCUGCACUUCUCUCUAAUCUACUCUCUUCCAAUUCAAACCGGAAUAUAUUCGCGGCUUGCCACCGGCGAAUUUUGAUAGGCAGUGAUAUAAGUAAGGUUUAUUAUGUACCGGAUUCGAAUUUUCGUUGGUUGGGACAGCAGCGUGGGUUUUGUAGAUACCCUGCUACCGCCGCGUUGGAGCAAUUCUCCGACGAUGAAUAUGAAUGCGACUACGAAAAUCAUCCGGCUUCAUCAUCAGUGGCCAAUAUAGACGAGUGGAAAUGGAAACUUAGUCUGCUGCUGCGUAAUGAAAAGAACCAAGAAGUUGUAUCCAGAGAUAAGAGGGAUAGAAGAGACUAUGAGCAGAUAUCUAACCUUGCCAAAAGGAUGGGUCUCUAUAGUGAAAUUUAUGGAAAAGUUGUAGUGGUGAGCAAGGUUCCUCUUCCAAAUUAUAGACCCGAUCUUGAUGAUAAGCGGCCUCAAAGAGAGGUAGUAAUCCCACUAAGUUUGCAAAGGAGAGUAGAAGGCUUGCUUCAGGAGCAUAUUGAUAGAACACAGCUCAUUAGUGGAAAAGCUGACAACAUUUUAGAUGGAACAAACUCCUCUGAUAUGGUUGAAGAUGCGAACUUGGAUGAAAAUCCAGAUUCAUUCUUAGAUGGCUCUGUCAUGGAGAAGGUUCUUCAGAGGCGGAGCUUACGCAUGCGUAAUAUGCAGAGGGCUUGGCAGGAAUCUCCUGAUGGCAACAAAAUGCUAGAAUUCCGGAAAUCUCUUCCUGCAUUUAAGGAAAAGGAAAGGUUGCUCCAAGCAAUUGCACGUAAUCAGGUGGUAGUAAUUUCUGGCGAGACAGGAUGUGGUAAGACCACUCAACUGCCACAGUACAUUCUAGAGUCAGAAAUAGAAUCUGGCCGUGGAGCAUUUUGUAGCAUAAUUUGUACACAGCCUCGAAGAAUAUCUGCUUUGGCGGUUGCAGAAAGAGUGUCUACAGAGAGGGGAGAACCUCUUGGUGACUCAGUGGGCUACAAAGUACGAUUAGAAGGGGUGAAAGGAAAAAAUACACAUUUACUAUUUUGCACGAGUGGUAUUUUGCUUCGUCGUCUUCUCAGUGACCGCAAUCUUGAUGGUAUAACCCAUGUUUUCGUUGAUGAGAUUCAUGAGCGAGGCAUGAAUGAAGACUUCCUGUUGAUUGUGUUGAAGGAUCUUCUUCCACGACGCCCAGAUUUGAGAUUGAUUUUGAUGAGUGCUACUCUUAAUGCUGAAUUAUUUUCCAGUUACUUUGGAGGGGCUCCAAUGAUUCAUAUCCCAGGCUUCACAUAUCCUGUAAGAGCGCAUUUUCUGGAAGAUUUGCUGGAAAUAACAGGGUAUAAGUUGACUUCGUUCAACCAAAUUGAUGAUUAUGGUCAGGAGAAGAUGUGGAAAACACAAAAACAGUUAGCACCUCGCAAAAAGAAAAAUCAGAUAACUGCUCUUGUUGAGGAUGCUCUAAACAAAUCAAACUUCGAGAGUUAUAGUGCAAGGGCACGUGAUUCAUUAGCAUGCUGGGCUCCUGAUUGUAUUGGAUUCAAUCUUAUUGAGGCAGUUUUGUGCCACAUAUGUCGAAAAGAACGUCCAGGUGCUGUACUAGUAUUUAUGACUGGUUGGGAAGAUAUUAGUUGUUUAAGAGAUCAGCUUAAAGCCCAUCCUCUCUUGGGAGACCCAAAUAGAGUGUUGUUGCUCACUUGUCAUGGUUCUAUGGCAACCUCUGAGCAGAAACUCAUAUUUGAGAAGGCACCUCAGAAUGUACGUAAAAUAGUACUUGCAACAAACAUGGCCGAGGCAAGUAUUACUAUAAAUGAUGUAGUCUUUGUAGUGGACUGUGGAAAAGCGAAGGAGACAACUUAUGACGCGCUAAAUAAUACUCCAUGUUUAUUACCUUCAUGGAUUUCACAAGCCUCUGCCCGACAAAGAAGGGGCAGGGCUGGCCGCGUGCAACCAGGCGAGUGUUACCAUUUAUAUCCACGAUGUGUUUAUGAAGCUUUUGCUGAAUAUCAACUACCUGAACUCCUGAGAACUCCUUUGAAUUCUCUUUGCUUGCAAAUAAAGAGUUUGCAGGUUGGAAGUAUUGCUGAAUUUCUAUCAGCUGCUCUUCAGCCGCCAGAACCAUUGGCUGUGCAAAAUGCUAUUCAGUUUUUGAAGAUGAUUGGUGCAUUAGAUGAAAAUGAGUAUCUUACACAUCUAGGAAAGUUUUUAGCAAUUCUCCCGGUGGAUCCCAAGCUUGGGAAAAUGCUCAUUAUGGGUGCUAUUUUCCGUUGCUUCGAUCCUGUAUUGACUAUAGUGGCUGGUCUUAGUGUGCGGGAUCCUUUUCUAUUGCCUCAAGACAAAAAGGAUUUAGCGGGGACUGCAAAGUCUAGAUUCUCAGCAAAAGACUAUAGUGACCAUAUGGCGCUUGUCCGUGCAUAUGAAGGAUGGAAAGAUGCUGAAAGGGAAGGUUCUGCCUACGAAUACUGCUGGAGGAAUUUCCUCUCUGCCCAGACUCUUCAAGCUAUCCAUUCUCUUAGAAAGCAAUUUAUCUUCAUCUUGAAAGAUGCUGGAUUGCUUGAUGCUGAUACUGCAACUAACAAUAAACUAAGUUACAAUCAGUCUUUGGUUCGUGCUGUCAUAUGUUCUGGCUUGUAUCCUGGAAUUGCAUCGGUGGUGCACAGAGAGACAUCAAUGUCCUUCAAGACUAUGGAUGAUGGACAAGUCUUGCUUUAUGCUAAUUCAGUCAAUGCUCGUUAUCAAACGAUUCCAUACCCUUGGUUGGUGUUUGGUGAAAAAGUGAAGGUCAAUACAGUCUUCAUACGAGAUUCUACUGGAGUAUCUGAUUCGAUUGUGAUCCUAUUUGGUAGUACUCUUGACAGCGGAGAUACGGCUGGGCAUUUAAAGAUGUUGGGUGGAUACAUAGAGUUCUUCAUGGAUCCUACUCUAGCAGAUUGCUACAUAAAGCUCAAAGAGGAGCUUGAAAUGCUUUUGCAAAAGAAGCUUCAAGAUCCUGAGGUUGACAUCCACAAGGAAGGCAAAUACCUUAUGCUUGCUGUUCAGGAACUGGUUUCAGGAGAUCAGUGUGAGGGAAAGUUUGUGUUUGGUCGUGAAAACAAGAGGCCUAAAGAUUCUAAAGACACUGAUAGAUUUACAAGGGAUGGGACAAACCCAAAGAGUUUGCUGCAAACCCUAAUGAUGAGGGCAGGUCACUCCCCUCCCAAGUACAAAACAAAGCAUCUAAAAACAAAUGAAUUUAGGGCACUUGUAGAGUUCAAGGGAAUGCAAUUUGUAGGUAAACCAAAGAGAAACAAAGCUCUUGCAGAAAAGGAUGCUGCAAUAGAGGCACUAGCAUGGUUAACUCAAACUUCUGAGAAGAAUCAUGAUGAAGAUGAUAAAUCUCCGCCUGAUGUCACCGACAACAUGCUGAAACUUCUUGGUAAACGCAGGAGAUCAAAGCGUCGUUGAGGAUGGACAGCAGACAUUUUCUUUUAGAGUUGGUAGUGUGGACCAUUAAAAGGCAAGCUUGAAGCUUCCAGUUGAUCAACCUCCAUACGCUGUCUCACUUGUGCAAGUUCAAAUACACUGCUGCUUGCCACAACCUGAUCAUGGUGGUGACUAUUUUUACCCUGGUUUAGAGGUAUCAGGUUCAAAUUAGGCUCAUAAAGAAGAAAGCUCCAUGAGUGCAAAGUUGGGCCAUGGAUUGUCACCUGAUGAGUGCAUCACUAAACUAGAAUGGUUGACCGGAUUGUAAAAUAAGAGGGCUGUAAGUGAGGUUCAGAUGUGUUGCAACUAGCAGGAAUCCUGCAACCAUUUCUGUGAUCCCAUUGGCUUGAUUCUUGUGUGUAUAAAAUAGAGUGUCAUGCUUCCGCUCGAUCCAAGAACUGUCCACAAGAAAGUGACUUUAGCCGAACCUUCAGGCAAUUUCUGCAGUUUUACAAGGAGAGGUUUCAACAGCUUAUUUUGAACAUGAAUUGAGCAGUCUCUAAGAUUCAAGAGGCUAUCGGAGAUCAAACAUUAUGUCUUGAGCAGGUUGCUUCUCUGCCUCAACAAAGUUUGUUACUGUAAGUGAAGAUAAUGAAGGCACUCAGAGGUGGCUAUAUGGAUAAAUGGGCUAGAAAAUUUUCGCUCUUAUCAAGUUGUUUGAGUACCUGAAGAAGAAGCCUACAACAUUAAGUGGUUUGUAGUAACAUUUUAUAGGUUUAAUAUAUUAGCUUAUUUGAUUGUUGUAACUUUACGCAUUAGUUUAUUUAAUUGUUGUAACUUAACUAUAGUUUUUCAGCUGUAUAUGAAUUAGUCAUUACUCUUUGAUCAGUGCCAAUCUGUUGUGGUCUCUUGUAGAGGAAUAAUUUUGUAAUUCUAUUGCAAGGGUAUAAAGGUAUUAUGAGAACAUUUCGGUUUUCAGUGACCA